AUGUGGCAUCAAACCGGCAGUUCGUGCCCAGAUGGGACCGUGCCAAUUAGGCGUGUCACGGCUCACGACGUGCUUAGGGCCAAAUCUUUGUAUCAUUUUGGCAAGAAACAAAGCCAUGUUUUGAUUGGAAAUAGCCACGAGCACGCAGUUGCAUACACCAAGUCAUCGGAAGGGAUUUACGGCGCAAAAGCAGGAAUUAACUUGUGGGGCCCAUUCGUAGAGUCAAAGGGCGAGUUUAGUCUCUCACAAAUCUGGGUUACGGCUGGCUCACUCGGCACGGACCUUAACAGCAUCGAAUCUGGCUGGCAGGUUUAUCCACAAAUGUACGGUGACAAUAGACCAAGAUUUUUCACGUAUUGGACGAAAGAUGCAUAUAAAACUACAGGAUGCUAUAAUCUAUUGUGCCCAGGAUUCGUGCAAGUAAACAAGCAAAUAGUAGUUGGAGGUGCAAUUUCCCCAAUCUCAACCGUCGGGGGACAUAUGGCUGAGGUUAUUAUUACCAUUUGGAAGGACCCAAAAAAGGAAAAUUGGUGGGUUUCCGUUGGCGAUAAGCCUGUGGGCUACUGGCCCAGUCAAUUAUUCAACCGUUUAUCGGACCGGGCCACCAUGGUGGGGUGGGGUGGUGAGGUUGUAAACAUUCGGGCCCAUAACCAACACACCUCUACUGAUAUGGGCUCGGGCUAUUUUGCUGAGUCUGGUUACGGAAAAGCCAGUUAUUUCCGUAACUUGGAGACCGUGGACUAUGGAAACAAUCUAGGCCAAGUCCAAGUUACUGAAUUAAUUGUUACGGCCCCGAAUUGUUACAACAUCAAGACCUUCGGCACACAUACUGAUUGGGGCACAUACUUUUAUUAUGGUGGGCCUGGGAGAAGCCCAAAGUGCCCGUGA